AUGGACGCUUCCAAGGCAGACAUUCGCAUCGACUUUAAGCAAGGGGGAGGGUCAAGCUCUUGUGUUGGCACCGAUGCUCUCUCGGAGAACAACCAGGAGAAAAGGACGAUGAACCUCGACAUCAACCUGAGGCAUUCUGAAGAGUUCAUUCGUCGAAAGGUCCUUCAUGAAUUUGGCCGCGUGCUGGGUUGUGAACAUGAGCAUCAAUCUCCACUUGAGGAUUUCGAGUGGAAUAAAGAUCUUAUCUAUGAGGAGCUCAGCAAACCACCCAACAGCUGGUCCCGCGCCCCGACCGACCACAAUGUGAUCAAACGACUUGAGAGUAGCGAAGUUAGCACUAGUUCAUUCGACGCCGAUUCUAUCAUGCUAUACGAAUAUCCUGCACGCUGGUUCAAGAACACUGUCUCUGGUGGCACAAAGAGCAAUACCAGAUUACCCGAGAGAGACAAGAAAUGGAUUGCCAAUACCUAUCUUCCUUGGUCGAGUGACAUUGGCCAAUUCAGUACGCUACAUUUGGACUACAAAACUGAUAUUUGCGUCAAGGCUACGGCUGAAGAUGUGUCAGUGGACCACUUCACUGUUGGGAUAACUCCCGGUACUGGGUCCAAUGUCUACUCGGCGGCAUGCUCCUGGCUAGAAGCGUGGUUCUCUGGACUUAGCCUCGGCAAGGACUCGCCAUAG